AGUUAAUUAACGCCCUGUGCGCUAAUGUUUUGAAUUCUCACUAAUCUUAUCAUUUCUACACUCCUUCCAGAUAUAUCCAUUUUAUGGACUGUUUUGCUAAGUAUACAACCAGUUAUCUUUCCCCUAAUUUUAUGUUAUUAUUAAUGAAACUCACAUUCAUGCGAUUGUGCACCUUAACGGAGAGAGUCGACACCGAAACAUUUGUUUUGGUUUUCUGCUUUUCUAGGUCAAAUGUGCGAAGUAAACGAAACGAAUGAAGUCUGAUGUUAAGAAGAAUCGAAGUGCCUAGGUCUUCCAGUGGUUUCGGGUUUCGUCUACGAAAUGAAUACCCAUGUUACAUAGAUCAUGUUUUGAGUGGGUCUUCUGCAGAAAAGUCAGGCGUUUGCAUAGGUGACCGACUCCUCAAAGUUAAUGGUGAAGAUGUAACUAAUAUGACUCAUGAAAAUGUGGCUUCCUUGAUAUGGAAGUGUCACAAAAGCCUUAUUAUUGAGGUUCUGUCUUCGGAUCUUGAAAGUAAUACUUACACACCAAGCACUCCGGAACCUAGUUCCCCCGAUAGAUGUCUUGUCAGUGGCUUAAGACAGAGAUCUUCCAGUUUUGGUCGAAAUUCCGCUGUUUUUAUAUACGCAGGCUGUGUGCCAGUGCUUAUGAAUUUCAGGUUGUGCGCGAAAGAUUUAUCAAUCUUGAGAAAGAAAACCAACUCACUUGUAAAUAAAAUAAAUGCAAGUGCAAGGUCUUUGUGUUUAGUCAGCGUCUCACACAACAUUUUACGAGUUCGCUUGUACGAAGGAUACGCUGCAGAAUAUCCAGCUAGCUGUUUGUACGUUGCUGGUCUUGUUGACUUUGAUGAAAAGUUCGUCUACGUAGUUACACGAAGCAUAUUAAAACAUAUCAGCGACCCAAUAAUAGAAACUCCUGAGUCACAAAGCGAAACAAAUGACAUUAAGCCAAUGAACUGCCAUGUUUUCAGAACGCUGCCGUCAAAGUUUUUGACUCACUCUGGCCACAGUACAAUCGCAGAAACGUUUGGAAUACACUGUUCAAAUGAUCUCUUGACUGGUGAGUGCUGUAAUUUUCCGUCCAGCACCACUGGCAUUUUGUCGCAUCUUUACAACUUAUUGGGAAAAUCGGGUUUACAAAACAUAGUAAACAGUGGGGACCGUCGAAAUUCGUGUGUGCAAACAGAGCAAAGUAUUGAUUUAAAUUGUGUUCCAGCUAGUACUACAGUAACGGAUUUUGGGCCUAAACGGUGCAGAAAAUCUCUCCCUGAACCAACAAAUGUGAGCAUAUUCUCAAAAUUCAUGAAGCCUAAAACACCAUCUCAAACUUCAAAAAUUAUGAAUCCAAAGAAUUCCGAAAUAGCAAAACCAGAUACCGAUAAACAGCCUUUAAAAAUUGGUUGUUUUAGUUCAACAGUUGAAGAUAUUGAAAAUGUUGAGCCAUCUAGAGUCGUAGAUUCUUCUCCCUGCUCUACUUCAAAUCCAGCAUCUUGGGCAGAAGAUUUCGAUAAUCUUUUGAAUGAUCCGAUUGGUCGUAAUGAGUUUAAAAAAUUCCUGACUACAGAGUACAGCAGCGAAAAUCUUGAAUUUUUGAUUUCUGUUCGCAACUGGCGUGAUUCUUUUGAGUUAGGAAAUGUACAAGAAAGUGCCCGUGAUAUAUUUGACCAAUUUUUAACUCCUGACUCUCCUCAAGCUGUAAAUAUAGAUCAUUCGGCUGUAAAAUCUGCAUCAUCGUGUUUAUCAAAUCCUCAUAUCAACAUGUUUUUAGAGGCUGAAAAUCAGGUGUAUAUGCUAAUGAAAACAGAUUCAUAUCCACGCUAUCUGGAGUCUUCAAGUUAUCUAAAUUACUUAAAUGAAUUCAAUGUAAAUAGAUCCUCGAAAAAAUUAUCAUCAUCAAAGAAAACUCAUUUAUUUCGAAAGAAAUCAAAACCUGCUAGUGAAAAACCAUUAACACUAUCAGUUUUUAGUAGUCAGAUUAAUGAUUCCGAAAGUAAACGAAUAACACGAAGUUUAACAAAAAAUCAGGCUGAUAUGGAUAGUAGCAACAGAGGUGUUCUUAGGCCUAACAACGGUAACGAAAAACAUGUUACGUUUGAGAGUAAAGACAAAUUAAUCAAUGAACACAGUAGUAAGGGUAUUGAAUCGAAUCCAGGCGAUUGAAAAAUACCGUGGAAACAACGAAAGACUAACGGUUAUGGCCUAUAUAACACACAAAUAUGAUUAACGCUUAUUGGAGAUUGUAUAAAAGUGCUUAUUUUUCUAAUAAAUAAAUUUGUUUUAAUAUGCCUAUUUAACUUUUUACUAUAAACACAAAGUCGGGUUAUGCUUUGUAUUCUGUUUGAGCUUUAAUACUCAUGAUGCUAUGUCAGUUUAUGCACCCUUUUUUAUUCCAUAGUGUAUUUCAUUUAAUGUCUGCAAUUAGUAAGGUUGGUAGAUGAAGUGAACUUACGAUGAAUGGGAGUUGAAAGGUAACUGCUUCAAACACAUAACUUUGACGAUCGCCUACAAUGAGUAUGAGUCAGUUUAUUUCUCAGUAAUAUUAUCAAAAAACUACUUUUAUCUUUCCAUUAAACUCCAAGUGCUAUUUGCAAUUACAGUUGGAUACAUUCGAAAAUCUUACUUUUAUGAUGAAGCUAUUCCAUUGAACUUCAGUAUUGUGGAAAAGUAAAGUUAUAAGGUAGAUUUGUUGCAUCUUCUAUACACCCAAUAAAAAUGAUUCCACUAAACAAAUUCAUUACGAAUCAAGUAUGAUAAAGGUUGACAACGGUUGAAUAAUGCUGAAAAUUUGUACUUAUACCAGUAGUGGAAAACUGUUCGUUUACUCAAUACCUUCUAUCAUUAGGAUACCGGAAACAGCUGUAGUAAUUGAUGAGGAGUUUUACAUAGUGACAACUAUAUACGUUUAGAUUGCUUUUAGUGAUAAAGUGUCUUUGUGAUAAUUAAUUCAUUCUACGGACAUGUGUGAAGCUUUAUACUAUAUUUUUGACAUUAAGUCUAAAUGGAAAACAUUCUCUGAUAUAUAUAAGUUGCAAAGCUGAAUAAGAAAAGAUCGUUUGAGCACUGACACACUGUACCCACAAAUUUCUUUUAGAUAAAUUUAAAGCCAUAAAGUGAUGGCAAAAGUAAUUUAGCCUGCUUUUAAAUUAUUCUAGGUAGUAGAUAUACACUAUGUCAAUUAAAACACGUCUCGUGAUCAAAAAUACACAUUUUAUGUCGAUUUUACCCUUUUUUAGAAAUGGGCCUAUUUGUUACAGUA